AUGGGUCUGAAAGGUACGGGCACAGUAAAAGAAAAUCGCGACGCUAAAGACCCUCCUUUAUCUCACUCCUCAGUGUUGAAGAAAAAGGAAAGCGAAGACACAUUAAAAAAGCGAUGGAAACAUCUCAAAGAUCAAUUUAGGAAGGAGCUAAAGAAAAAACCAAUUUUAAGAUCAGGGGCUGAAUCGGAAGCAUGGCAGUCAACUUGGCAGUAUUUUAAUUUGAUGAGUUUUAUGAAAGAUGAAGUCAUCCCAUCACCAACUACGGGUAAUUUAGAGAGCAACAAUCCAUCAAAUAGCCAAACCAAUAUCCAAGAUUCUCAGGACAGUCAAGCUACUGAAGAUGGUAAUGAGUUGCUCGAUUUGGAUUCGGAUACGCAUUCUUCCGUGACAUCUCCGCCGUCACAACCAUCUUCCUCAACACCAUCAUUUUCUCUUUUGUCUAAGAGAAAACCUCACUUGAAAGACGAUUUGCUUGAGAUUGAAAGGAGAAAAAAACUCCAACUUAUGGAGGAACGGUUAUCUGACAGCCAAAAUGAGGACAGCUUGAAUAAGGACGAAGAUUUUUUGUUUUUAAAAAGCAUUUUACCUUCAAUGAAAAAAUUAACCCAUAUACAGAAGCUCCAGUUUCGCGGUAAAAUAAAUGAUUGGCUAAUAGAGACUCUUACCCAAAACGCGAGUCAGUUAAUAAUAAUUAUUACCCAAAUCAGACCUUCUUCCAUCAGCCAGGAACAAGUAAUUUCUACCCACAAGGAGAUACUAUAUAGAUCAAAGUAUGUAAACGUUAAGAAUAAAUCAUUAUUUCUGCAUUAAAAGUUUCAUUUAUACUUACCGAAGAGUCACUAUUAAUUCUUCUGCUGGUGUUAUUGAAUCUGCU